AUUAUUAUCUCUGUUUCUCUCUCGCACACAUAUUCUAAGAAGAGUAGUCGAAGCAAAAUUAAGGUCCAAAGCUGAAACUAUUUAUCUUAACAAAAAAGAAAGAAAAAUAAAAUAAAUACCCCUCUUUCUCUUUCUCCCAGUUUUUCAUCUUCGAAUUUGUAUAUAUCAUGAGCUAAAUAAUGAGUAAAUUGUUAUAGGUGAAAGCAUCAAGUUUCAGUUCUUGUUUGGUGUUGAAGUUCCAAUUUGCUUGGUGGUCAUCUUCUAUAUUUGUUUAUAAAAGAGUAGUUAAGAACAGUUUGAUAAGAGUGGGCUUCUCAUUACUGCUGUUCUAUGCGUUCAUUCUUACCAAAUUUGGUUGUGAACUUAGAUGGCCGUUCCCCCGCUGGAACCACACUCUGAAGUCCAAACUGAUAGGUACCCGUUGCUAAUGGAGAGGUCAGAGAAUCGUGACGCUGACCACAUUAUUGACAUUGAAAGGAGGUCGGACACAUCUUCAUCGUCGAGCUCUUCUCUUGAUAGUACAUCUUCUCCAGGUCCAAACCGUCAUCAUGAUGAGGAAAGAGCUUCCUCUAGCAGUGCGUGGCCCAUUUCUCAAUCUUCUCUAGCUUCAUCAAAUGGUGCAAACUCUAGAAACUCCUCGUUUAUAAGGAGAAGUGAAGGGUACGGCCGUCGACGCAGGAGCCCGUUAAAUUCUGGAUUGUGGAUAUCAAUUGAACUGGUUGUUACUUUGAGUCAGAUUAUUGCCUCCAUCGUUGUUUUAUCUUUAUCGAGACAUGAGAACCCUCAAGCCCCAUUGUUUGCAUGGGUUAUUGGUUAUGCAUCUGGAUGUGUUGCUACCCUUCCGCUCCUGUAUUGGCGUUUUUUACACCGCAACCAGGGCACUGAACAAGAUGCGACACAAGCACGCCAGGAUGCCUCCCAAAGUAAUCCUCCUCUUGAACCUUCUCCUUUUGCGGCUAUUUCCGUUUUGCGGGGCACUGAUGAGGAGGAUCACCAAACUGCUGUUACAUCUGCAAGAAAUGCUCAAAGCGUUAGAAUAAGUGCAAGGGUCAAUGUACUAGUAGACCAUUUCAAGAUGGCAUUGGAUUGCUUCUUUGCGGUGUGGUUUGUAGUUGGCAAUGUCUGGAUAUUUGGAGGGCACUCUUCUUCAGCUGAGGCGCCCAACUUGUACAGGUUGUGUAUAGUGUUUCUUACCUUUAGCUGUAUUGGGUACGCCAUGCCGUUCAUUCUAUGUGCAACGAUCUGUUGCUGCUUGCCUUGUAUAAUAUCCAUUCUGGGUUUCCGUGAAGAUCUAAAUCAUACUAGAGGAGCUGCCGCAGAAACCAUUAAUAUUCUACCAACAUACAAGUUCAAAAUGAAGAAAAACGGAGAUGGAGAUGAUCGGGACACCAAUGUGGAAGGAGUUGGUGAGGGUGGUGGAACGUUAGCAGCGGGAACCGAAAAAGAGCGUAUCAUCUCAGGGGAGGAUGCAGUAUGUUGCAUUUGCUUAGCAAGGUAUGCAGAUAACGAAGAACUGAGGGAGCUUCCCUGUGCCCAUUUUUUUCAUGUGGAUUGUGUAGACAAAUGGUUAAAGAUAAAUGCUUUGUGCCCCCUCUGCAAGUGUGAGAUCGGGGAGAACAGUGGGAACGUGCAGACGUCUGCAGUAAAUCCCAGCCAUCAGCGCCAGAGUGAAAGAAGGGUCAGUAAUGGAUCUACAGAAGGAGAUGCAGCAUAUGGGACAACCGGUAUGUUUUAAAAUAGGAAUUCUCAAGCCAUAGUUGUGAUUUUUUGCUUGAGGUGUAAUUACUGCGGCACACACGGAGAUAAAACUGCAUCCGAUGGUCUAAUCUGUUGCAUUUUUGUUGUUGGGUUGGUUGAUGUCUGAAAAUGAUGCACUUUGGUUGGAUCAAGCAGUGUUUGUAAUCAGGCCCGGCUCUGAAGCCCGGAGCCCAGGGUAGCAAAAAGAAAAAAAGAAAAACCAUCUUGAAGAUGCUGUAAUUCUAUUCCAAGACACCGUGUAAUGAGUAUAUGUCAAGUCUGUACUAUUAACAAAAGGUUAUCGGGUGGAAGUAUGUUAGGCACUAGUAAUUGUAGUCACUAACUAUGAGAAAAGGAAAGCACAAGGAAGUAUGAACUUUCACUUCUA